UAAGAGUAGCACAACCAGCUGAUCAGCACGGGAUCUACCGACCAACGUCUGCUAGUACCUAACCGAGGCACAUGCACGUGCUUCUGUGACAGCAACUCUUAGCAGACGACAUACAUUCUAAUUAUUAUUAUUUUUAAAUUGUCUAGAAAUCAGAGAUUGUUGAAUAAGGCAUCGAAAAGGUACUUUUGGCAAGGUUUGAAUAGGCGAUACUUUCAGCAGUUUUGGAAGUUUUCGGUGCUAUUUGACGUUGACACCUGACUUUCAAUUGUGUCAAUAUGGGGGACUUAAGCGUCUUUGUAGGAGAAUGGGAGGAACUUAAAAAGGACGGAUUCGAUGAGAUGGCCAGCGCUUUAGGUUUGCCAGCAGAUAAGAUUGGGAUGUAUAAGGAAGCUAAAACGACUAUUGACUACGUACUUGAAGGCGACACAUGGAAGAUCAACGUUGGUAGGAAGGGUGACCCUGCUAGUGCGAAGACGUUUAAGUUCAAACUUGGUGAAGGCUACGAGUCAGCUGAUCUCGACGGAACGCCAAUGCAGAGCUUGGUGAAGGCUGACGGCCCUACUCUAAACGAGGAACACACAUUUGGGGAAGGGCGGUUGAAGGGUGCACAGAUGGCCAUCACAAGGUGGAUAGAGGGCGACAACAUGAUGGUGAAAACGGCGAUGUGCGGUCAUUCCAUGGUUUCUACAUACAAGCGAGUUUAAACUAGUGAAAGGAUCAUGCAACUAUUCCUUCAUUGACUAAUAUAGCUAAGUACGUCACCAAAACUAGCUAUGUGCGUACUGCGUCAGCACUACGCGUGUACUGCUGAGAAUUGUACAUGUUGUGCCUUCGUGACAGACAUAAUUGAUUCUUCUAUGUACACCGAACGCCAUGUUGUUUGCCUUGAGGCUGCAGUAAUAUUGUUCUGUUUUGUGAACUGCUCUAAGUGGCAUUGCUAGACAGAUUUCAGGAGACAUGGUUAAACCAAGCUUUGAUUCUACGCUUCAUUCAUCUAGCUUAUUCUUUGUCGUGGAUCAGAUCUUAAUACACGCAACAAUGUAAUGCAUGAUUUAAAUACAGGAAUAUGUAAACUUAACUGUAGAAUGUUUGCUAUCUGAUGAUUGUAGAGCGUAUGUCUGGACAAUGUUUCUUCUUUCAAAGACGUGUAAGUGUUUUUUAUUUUCGUAGGAAAGAUAGUCUUUUGAAGUUUUGCAAAUGCCAUAGGAUGCUUCUAAACUAUCUAUAGUAGUCAUGAAUGAGGUUGUCGAUGACGUUGAUAUAUAAAGUACUCUUGUCUGAAGCCAUGUACCCCUACAAGAUGUAUUGAGUUUGUGACAUCAAUUCUGUUGAAUUUGUUCGGUAUUUUAAUGAGAACUUAUAAGCAACAUGCUGUUCUCUGUUGACAACCUCUUACUUUACGUCGGUGAUCACAGCAUGUUAGUUGCUGAUCAUUACAAAAACACAUGUUACACUAUAAUUACAACGCAAUAACCUAUUCCACGUGCACCGACUAAUGAGCGUGUUUUGUACUGAAAUUAAUUUAUUGCAAAAUUAAAUUGAUCUGAAGUACUUUAAUAUAAGGUCAAUGAGUACGUUUCUGCUGACUUUUAAAUUAAGUUGAUCGAAUUUGCGGUUAGAAACGGACAAUAAUGGUAUGUCACUAAAUGAAGCUGCAGUCCAACUUACAACAAUGCACGUUCUAAAAUGAAUUAAGAAACAAUAUAUAUCUAAUUAUUAUUCUUUUAAUAAUUUCUUUGAAACGUGUUUUGAAAUGUAUACAAUAUAUUUGUGAUAUAUUAUUUGUAAUAUAUCUAAUACAGGUACCGUGAGUCUGAUAUGUAGACAAAUCUUGAUGGUACUGUAACAUGUGGAACUGUCAGGUCAGAGAGGGCUGCUGCAUUACCACUAUAAUUAGAUUGGCAGUAACAGCACCGCCCAUUAAGGUGGGCGUGUCCGUGAAUUAAACGACGAUAUAUUGUGUAGGUACCAUGUUUAUCUUAGUGUCUUAAUGGACCUCGCAUGGGCUUUCAGUGUAUUCAAUUAAACAAUAAACACUUAAUCCAUUAAGCAUCAUG